AUGGAGUUGUCGGCGGAGUACGUCGGGCAGGAAGGGCAGCGACAGCAGCUGCGGGUGCCCUGUGAGGUGCCGGGCGUCGCCGACCCUUUCCAGGGCUUGUUGUCGGGCGUGGCUAAGAUGAGGGAGCUGGUGACCAACCUCCUCGGCUCCCCGGUACAGCGGGAAGCACAGGACCGGGUGGCGGUGGCUCCAGACAAGGCGUUGGACGGUGAUGAUGAAGAUGAUGCAGAAGAUGAAAAUAACAUUGAUAACAGAACUAACUCAUAUGGACCCUCUGCAAAACGGCCAAAAACACCAACUUAA